CCUCAACUUGAACAUCAAUGCUGUCUCUCUUUGUUCCCCGGACUUUUCAACCCAUCUGCUAAUACUUCGACUUCUAGUUCUGGCCGUGUGAAGAAGAUCUCGACGAGAUCACAGCUACACGGCCUAGACCAAGUGCCCAGCAAGGCUCAACUUGAUCGGAGAUUCACUUGAGGAACACACAUUGAACACCACUCAGAAAUACUGUGCUUUGAAGCCGAAUCUGCGAGGAGACUGAGCAAGACAUCUUCCACGAACGAGACGCAGCCGCCAGAAAAAGCAACAGGGAGACAGUUCGACUCAGUAUUCCACCUGCUUUAUUGACUCCCUCGCCACCAAGGAGGACCGGGAAAGUCAAGCGAGUCAGGACCACCCGACUGUCUGUCGGCGGUGUCAUCUCUGGAAUCCUAAUAAAUGCCACUCGACUGAGGUACAUUUUCAAAUCGAGUUUCACUCAGGCCUUGGGGGGGCGCGACGGAAGCGAUAAACCGCCCCGGCAGCAACGAAGAUGGCAACAAUGGCGUCGUCCACCGGCACCGGCACCGGCACCACCACCACCACCUCGGUCAAUUCGACACGCAUCAUACCGGCAUCCACGCGGCCCACACACUCAAGCACAGGAUCACUGCUCCCAGCUCUCCUAUGCCUCCACGGCGCCGGGUCGAACGCAACCGUAUCCAAGAUCCAAAUGCGCCGACUGAUAUGGACGCUAGAGAAACAAUUCCGCUUCGUGUUUGCCGAGGCACCUACGGAAGGCGAUCCCGGAUUCGGCAUGUUGCCCGUAUUCGAGUCGUGCGCGCCCUUCUACCGCUGGGUCAGUCGGCGGUUCACGCUGGGCGAGAGCGACGUGGAACCCACGCCCGCACACGAGGUGGCGGCCAUUGACGACGCGCUUCGAAAAGUCAUGGACGCCAAUGGCGGCGUCGAGUCGUUUAAGGGUGUCAUCGGGUUCAGCCAGGGCGCUAGAGUGGCGGCGGGUUUGUUGUUGAGACAGAAGAAGAACGAACAGCAGCAACAGCACCAGCAACAGCAGGGACCACGUUCAGGGUUGUUAGAUACAAAUUUUGCUUUUGGCGUCUUUCUAGGCGGUCCAUACCCGCCCAUCACGCUCGCGGAACACGCCGACCCUAAAGACUAUGACUUGCUCAAGACGAUUCCGACCGUCCAUGCUUGGGGCCGCGACGACCAGUUUAAAAAGGGUUGUGUGGAGCUGGCCAAAGCGUGCGAGAGCGAUCAUUGCUUCACGAUGGAAUAUGAGGGCGGUCACCACUUUCCUCUCAAGGAUGUCGAGGCUAAGGAUCUGUGCGAUCUGAUCAUGGCCGCGUGGUAUGCUGGUGGAGGCCAGUUUGGCGUCGCCGCGGACGAGAGAUACUAACGGGCCACACGAUGGGCGAUACACAUUUUUUGGCGGUGGGAAGGAGAUGCGGCGGGCAUAAAAGUAGGUAGCUUCGAGCGAGGGAUGCGAGGAUGAACGGUCAAGGUGCCCAAAGGAGCAUGAUGUCUCGACGAGUUCGGUUGCGGUGAAUGACCGAUACCCGAUACCGGAUUGGAUCUAUCGAUCCUCCCUCUGUUUCGGACGACUUGUUCCGGUCCAAACCUACUGAUGGGCCGCGCUUUGGUUUCGACCGAUCAAACAAGAUACAAACCUCCCUCGUAAUAGUCAGUACUGUCCUACAUUAACUGUCGACCCGGCAGGCCGACAGACAAACCAAUCGGCAGAUCGACUGGCUACAAACUCAUAGAUAGACUGUUGGCCCGAGCCUUCACGAAUGGAGUCAGACAUAGAGAUAUAUUAGUACCCGGAAAGAGGACAGCCUGCUCAAAAGAGAAAACGGAAACGAAAAUAGAUGAGACAAUAAAAAAAGAAGCAACCAAGGAAGUCAACUUCACCUGGAUCUUGUUAGAUCAAGCUUGUUGUAUUAUCAUCAUCGUCAUUGCCAAUGCCGACCCCAGCACACAGCAACUAUACAAUAUGUAAAACCCC